GAUCGUCUGCUUGAUAUUUUGGCUUUGGUUUGGCAAGUGGCAUUUCGCUAACUGCCAUCGGAAAUAAGAAAAGCAAUUCAAAUAAUUCAAUCAAAUACAUCCAGUUAUUAUUCUUUCGGAUUUCGAUCCUGACUUAAGUACUCCUCACCUUGCAAUAAUGCCCAUCUUCAAGUUAAACUAAACUCUACGAGAACUUUCCUGUUGGACGAAGAUGAAUCCACUAACGAAUGUGAAGAAUAUCAAGAAACUCAGCGAGACUGAACUGAAGUACAACAUAUCAGGAAAAGCUUCAUGGCAUUAUCAAUACAAAGACAGUGCUUGGAUUUUCAUUGGAGGAUUGCCUUAUGAAUUGUCUGAGGGGGACAUCAUCUGCAUUUUUUCUCAGUAUGGAGAGGUUGCAAACAUCAAUUUAGUACGAGACAAGGUUACAGGCAAGUCUAAAGGCUUUUGCUUUUUAUGUUAUGAAGAUCAAAGAUCAACAAUUCUUGCAGUUGACAAUUUAAAUAGCAUCAAGGUCUGUGGGAGAACUCUGCGUGUCGACCACGUUGAGCAGUAUAAAAUUCCAAAAGAUCCUGACAAGCUUGAUGAAGAUGCACUGAGGAUUCUCCAAGAAGGGUGUGGACCUGAAUCGUCAAUUAUAAAAACUCUUGUGAAUUCCGUUCAAGAAAAUCCCGCAGCAUCAGUGACUGCUGCAGUGUCUGAAGUGAAAAUUCCAAAAGAAGAAAAAGAUACAGAAUCCACCAGUAAUCCAAAGCACAGAGAGGAAAAAGAAAAAGAGAGGCGUCGUUCAAGAAGCCCUGAUCGAAGACGCAGCACUCAGAGGAAACACUCGGAUGACAGAAAUAAAUUCCACGAUAAAGAUCAUCAUCAUUACGAUAGAACUAAGAAAGAGAAGGAGCGCGAUCACAGGAGAGAAAGGUCGCGUGACAGAGAUCGGAGACGUGACAGAAGAUAAAAACUGUAUCGCGAUUUUCAAUACAAUUUCAUUAAAACUGG